ACACACCUUCCUUGGGCAGAUUCUCUUUCAGAAAAGGCCUCUGUGGGCAACUUGCAGAUCGUGCCUAGGACCACUCAGCAGCCCAGCCUUAGAAGACUCAAGCGGUUCUGGAACUCCCGAGAGACCAGAGUGACUGAAGGAUGGUCCUGGUGGCCUUGCUUGGACUCAGCUGGUUCUGUUCACCCCUGGGAGCCCUGGUUCUGGAUUUUAACAACAUCAAGAGCUCCUCAGAUGUGCAAGGCUCUGGGAAGGGCUCACAGUGUGUGUCAGACAAGGAUUGCAACGUAGGAAAAUUCUGCUUCGCGCUCCAUGAUGAAAGGUCCUUCUGUGCCACGUGCCGCAGAGUUCGCAGGAGAUGCCAGAGGAGCGCCAUGUGCUGCCCAGGAACGGUCUGCGUGAAUGAUGUUUGCACUGCAGUGGAAAACACGAGGCCAGUGAUGGACAGAAACACCGACGGCCAAGAUGGCACCUACGCAGAGGGAACCACCAAAUGGCCAGCGGAGGAAAACAGACCUCAGGGGAAGCCCAGUACGAAGAAAUCACAAAGCAAUAAGGGACAGGAGGGAGAAAGCUGUCUCAGAACCUCCGACUGCGGCCCUGGACUUUGCUGUGCUCGCCAUUUUUGGACCAAAAUUUGCAAGCCAGUUCUACUAGAGGGACAAGUGUGUUCCAGGAGGGGGCACAAAGACACUGCCCAAGCCCCAGAAAUCUUCCAGCGCUGUGACUGUGGUCCUGGACUGUCCUGUCGAAGUCAGGUGACUGGUAACCGACAACAUACAAGGCUAAGAGUAUGCCAAAGAAUAUAAGUUGUACAGACAUGGGACUUGUCCUCGUGUUCACACAGAAUCCCUGGCACUAAUUUUAUUCUAUUUUUUAUUUUGUUUUCUGAGACAGUGGUCUCGCUGUGUAGCCCUGGCUGGCCUUACACUCAUAGAGACCCACCUGCCUCUGCCUCCUGGAUAAUUUUUGGGGGGAGGGGUAAGGGUUCUGAGACAGGGUCUCAGAGUAAGCUAUAUAGCCCAGGGUGGCUUCGAACUCAUGUUCCUCUUGCCUCGAGUGAGUCUUGGGAUUACAGGCAAGUACAUUAUACCCAGCACAUAAAUAAAGCUGAAUCUUCUAGCAACUGACAGUGACCAGACGCUGUGAUGAGUUACUUCUGACUUUGUGACUACCAUCUACAACAUGACAGGACUCUACAAUAAAGCCAUCCAGACACAGUGGCUCAAUCUGCUCAAAUAAAUCUUUCUUAAAACUUGAAGUUCUUUGUUCGUGUACAGAAUGUUAUUUGAUAAACAGUGGACUGUCCACCAGACGAACUGAUGAAUGCUA